AUGAACGUGUACACAGCAUAUAGCACACCCCCUCGGGCCUUAUUGCUUAAAUACAUAAUCUUUCUAUGUCUUGUCUCUAGGUGUGACCUGUGCUGCCUCUCCUUCCGGACCCACCGCGGCCUGCUGCGGCACAACGCUGGCAUCCACAAGCAGCUGCCCACGGACCCCGGCGGACGACCCUUCAUCCAGAACAACCCCUCCAUCCCCUCUGGCUUCAACGACCUGGCCUUCAUUGACUUCUCCUGCCACAAGUUUCCCCACAUCGCCCAGGUCUGGUGUGAGACCAACCUCCGCCGGUGCACCAGCAAGUUCCACCGCUUCGUGUGUGAAGCCUGCGACAAAGGAUUCCCCUUGCUCUCGGCCCUGGUCCUGCACAAGACCACCAUUCAUCAGCAGCAGCCGUCACCCACAGAGGGCGCCCAGGAGCCCCCCGCGGCCCAGGAGAAGCCGGCAACCCCGGCCCCUCAGCAGGCCAGCUUCCUGGAGACCCUGGGUCUGCAGCACAUCUCCCAGGUCAAGCUUCAGCCUUCGGAGGAUGAGGUCCGGCAAGCCCAGCUGGACAGCAUCCGGGUCAUACAGGUUGAGCCUCUGGCCUCCACCCUGCCACAGGAGGUGGAUUCCGCAGCUGCGGGAUCCCUCGGCGGCCUGGGCUUGGUGGCGGCCUCGUCCCUGCAGGGCCUGUCCCAGAGGGAGGCCCUCAGCCUGCUCUCCCUGCAGCCCUUCCCCACAGGUUUCCUCUUCCGCCCAGGUGGUGGUACUGCGGUCAAGCCUGUGUGUGGCGAGGCUGGCCUGAUGGAGCUGGCUGACAUCCAGCAGAUCCUGAAGGUGGCCUCGACCGCCCCCGGUCAGAUGGGCCUCCUGCCGUCCCUGGCCAAGGCUCCCCACUGGGGAGUGUCCGGCCAGGGCCAGGCGGCCGGCUGCAAGCACAUGCCCCCACUGAAGCCAAAGCCCAUGGUGGCACCACGCUCCAGCCUGGCUGCCUCCACGCUGCCGCCGCUCCAGAGCACCCAGCAGGCCUCCCUGGGCUGCAUCAGCCCCAGCCUGCCCCCGCCGGCCAGCCAGCUGCUCAAUAUGCCCCAAGAGUCUUCGUCAUCGUCCUCCUCUUCCUCGGGCAGCCAAGCCUCCCUGGAGAAGAUGCAGAUGGAGGCGGACUUCAUGGGCGACGCCCAUAUGCCCAACGACUCGACAGAGCUGCAAAUCAAACAAGAGGAGGGCCAGGCGGCCGGAGGGAAGAAGGGGGCAGGGGGUUCCAACCGCGGCGGCGUCAAGGCCUCCUACCCCUGCCGCUUUUGCGAUCAGGUGUUUGUUUACUCCGGGGUGCUGCAGGCGCACAUGCGCUUCCACCUGGGCAUCCUGCCGCACCAGUGCAACAUCUGCGACUACGUGGCGCCCGACAAGGCCACCCUUAUCCGCCACCUGCGCACGCACAGCGGCGAGCGCCCCUACGUUUGCCGCGUCUGCCACUACCCUUUCACCGUCAAGGCCAACUGCGAGCGCCACCUGCGCAAGAAGCACAUGAAGAACACAAGGAAAGAGAUCGAGAAGAACAUCAAGUACGUCUCGUCGACCACCACCCAGGAUCCCUUGGAGCUGGCCUCCGCCGGCGACACCGCCUGCCGUUUCUGUGGUGAGGAUCUAAAGAGCUACCGGGCUCUCCAAAUCCACCUGCGCACCCACAACGGCUGCCAGCGCAAGCCCUUUGAGUGCCGGCGGUGCGGGGCGGCUUUCCUGGCCAAGAGGAACUGCAUCCACCACAUGCUCAAGCAGCACCCCGAGGUGCAGGAGCGGGAGAUCGAGGAGCACAUUGCCACCCUUCUCCCCGCCAUCACAGCCACCACCUCCAGGGCCAGCUCCAGCAGCCCUCUGGCUCUCAACGGCCUUACGCCCACCCCCAGUGCCACCGUGCAGCCGGUCAAGGUGGAGGAUUUCAGCAUCUACUCCUCCUCCGGUGACUUGGAUCAGCCAUUGGACUUCUCCAACAAGAGCCGCAGGGGGGGUGGGACCAGCAGCAGUUCAGGAAGCCUAGCCGGUUCUCCUGGGAUCAAACUGGAGACGGUCAGCCUGGUAGCCUACGACAGCUCCAUGGAACCUAUUGACCUGUCCAUCCCCAAGAACCCCAACAAGAGGCUGAAGAGAGACGCCACCGCUGUUGACCCGAUGGGCGUGGAGCGCCGAGAGAUCAAAAAGGAGCUGCCCUUCCCCAGCGUACUGGACCACCUCCCCUCAGCCCUUCAGCUGGACAAGAGCACUGAGGAGAAGCUGACGACCCCCCAGUCUGGCUCUUACCAGCUCCUCCCAGUGACCCCCUCCCCGCUCCCCAUUGGCACCACCACAGGCCGGGCGCUCCGUCUCAAGCCCCUGCUGCCCAAACCAGCCUCUACCUCCUCAUCCUGCUCUCUGAAAGAGCUUCCCCCUUUGGCUUCCAUCGCCCAGAUCAUCUCCUCCGUCUCGGGGGCUCCAGACCUACUCAAGAGGGAGCCAGAUAACAAGGCUUCUGCCGCCCUCAACGGCCUCCAGACAGAACCGGAGCGUCCAGCUGGGGGCGACAACAGCUCAGAAACAUCGAUGGAAGAGCUCCCCCUAGAGGGCUCGUCCAGAAAGCGCACUAGAAAGAAGCCAGUGAGCCAGGCCAAGACUAUGGCACCUGCCUGUGUGUCCACGCUCGAGCAGAACACAGGCAGCGGCUUGGACCUGGAAUCCAGCGGCGAGUUCGCCAGCGUGGAGAAGAUGCUUGCCACCACCGACGCUAACAAGUUUAGCACUUACCUUCAGACGGGGGCGGCGGAGCUGGGAAGGCGGGACGAGGGGAGACAGAGCCCGGGAGAGGAGAAGGAAGAGAAAGAGUCACCACCUCAGUCUGUGCCGCCCCAGUCCAAAGGAGGGAAGAAGAAUGCCUACUCCAACUCAGUGCAGAAGAUGACCUGUCCCUUCUGUCCCCGGGUCUUCCCCUGGGCCAGCUCCCUGCAGAGACACAUGCUCACACACACUGGUCAGAAGCCCUUCCCCUGUCCCAAAUGUGACGCCUUCUUCUCCACCAAGUCCAACUGUGAGCGCCACCUGCUGCGCAAGCAUGGCGUGACCAACCACUCGCUGCGCCGCAACGGCCAAAUGUCCAAGAACAAGGAUGGCGACGAGGGUUCACACGACAGCGCAGAGAGCUCUGAGAAUGAGCAGACUGCAGGAGAGGCUCUGGACCUGAGCAGCAUGGACCCCGAUCAGAAAAGCUCUGCAUCCGAGUCGCCCAGCGCAGACCAAACACCAGACACUGCUGAGCUGCUGCUAGGGGAGAUGGAACCGCAACCCAACAACAACAUUGAAAAUGACGACAACGACGAUUCGCAGAGCAACAAGAGCUUGGACCUCAACUUUGCCAGCAAGCUCAUCGACUUCAAGUUCUYGUCAGAAGGCCAGCAGCCCCAGACCUCCCUGGUUGGAGAUAAGGUGGUGGCGGUGGCCGAGCCAGAUAGAGUGACGGCCACCCAGCAGCAGGACCAAGAGCCCUCCAAGUACACCUGCAAGAGCUGCAAGAAAAACUUCCGUUAUGCUGCCACCCUGGCUCGCCACGAGAAGGCACACUUGUGUGAGACUGCACCCCCCGAAGAGGCUUGUGGAACAGAGGAGACUGGGCCUGCCCCAGAGGAUCUCCCCAACACUACUACAACCACCGCCGAGGAGGAGGAUCAGGAGGAGGGAGAGAAGGAGGCUCCGGAAAGCGAGGGAGUGGGCAGCGUGAUGGACAGUGGUUCAGAGGAGGAGGAGAAGAAGGAGGAGAGAAGUGACGAGGAGGGGGCAGCAGAACCAAAGAAUGAAGGAGAGGCAGGCAGAGGGUCGGGGAGCAAGGCGGACAAGAGGAAGAAGAUCUGUAACGUGUGCAGCAAACGCUUCUGGUCACUGCAGGAUCUGACAAGACACAUGCGUUCGCACACAGGUGAGAGGCCCUACAAGUGCCAGACGUGCGAGCGCACCUUCACCCUGAAGCACAGCCUGGUGAGGCACCAGCGGAUCCACCUGAAGCCACGGGGCAGCGAGGGGGCAGAUGGAGCUGAUGCCAACGGGGCAGAGGCCCCGGCCGGAGACUCAGCUAGUGAGGAGGGAGAGUGCACCCCCACCAGCACCUGCCCCCCUUCAGAAAACGAGAGCGAAGGCACCGGAGGAGCCAGGGAGGAGGGAGGCGAGGGAACUGAGAAAGAGGCCCCUCUGCCAGGCCCCACAUCCCUGGCCCAGUCCCUGUCCACCACUGAACCAGCCCAGUCAGAGUCAGCUACAGAGGCCAUAGCUGAGCCGCUCGUUGAGCCAGUCUUGAAAGCAGUCUCUGAAUCAGUUCCUGACCCAUCUGUAGAACAAACCUCAGACGGACCCUCUGAAACAGAUGUAGAACUAGACGCUGAGGUAUCAGCCUCUGAAAUGGCUAGAGAAACAGAUGGCAAUGCAGCCACUCAAACGCCAACAGAAACCCCCAAAGAAUCUUCCACAGAGUCCCCAGCCCCACAGCCCACUACCCCAGAGAAAGACCCCGAUGGCCCCUCGGAAGGCUUCAUCCAAGGCCUACUGGAGAUCCACACCAAGCCUUCCCUGGAGCACAUCCUUCCUGCUGGCGAGGCUCCCUUGGUGGACGUUGAGUGAGGGAGGCACCCUCCUUCCUACCCCCAGUCUCUGGUUCUCUUUAUGCAGUGGACCGAUGUAUGUGCCGCAGUGCCAUAAGAUAGAAGUACUCCUAAAGAAUGCAAGACGAUGAAAUCAAGAAGAAACACCUUGUUUCUAAGUGCCUUACUACUUCUAUUUUGUUAGUUUUUUUGCUAUAUCUUUAUCUACAUUUAUUUACGGAGGAUCUAAUUUUUAUAGCUUUUUAUGAUGAUUACAUAAUUGUUUUUGGAUUCUAUGAGAUGAACUUUGAAUAAGCAAUAAAUGAAAUCAAAUUUACCAUGACCGAUUUAUAUUAAAUGAUCAAGUGUGUGACAGACAAAAAUAACUGUUAUUGUAUAUUUAAACCACAGUCGUACCUUAAAAACAAUGCUGAGACUGAGAAAAGACUUGAGUAAGUUCACCAGCGGUGGGGAUAAAGUCAUGUAUGUAACUGGAAACACAGCUAUAGCAGAUACCUGUCAGGCUGUCACAAAGGUGUCCUGAAAAAAGACUGUCGUUCUCUCCCCUUCAACUUGAUUUACUCUCUCUCUCUCAUGAUCCCUGAUAACCAACAUCUACAGUCUCUGUUUGUAUUGAGAAUACAUGAAUGAACUGUGACAUGAUUUGGUGUUAGGAGGCAAAUCAAAGAAAACAGACCUGACAAUGGAUAGCGUACCAUAUCUGAGAUCUAUGCUGUUGCGUUCCCCUAGGCUCUCUUUAUCUUGCCAUGAUAUGGGCAAUAUUUGCCUGAAACGUGUGUUUUUUCCCCGAAAUCAUUCUCAUUUUAUUUCAUGUGCGUUGACCAUGUUGCGUGUGGGAGUGUUGUGUGUGUGUGUGUGUGUGUUAUUCGUUCAGGAGAGGUUGGGGGAUAUAAGGAGUUUGAGGAAAUGUACUUUUCCAGAACAAAAGGGCUUGAUAUGUGUACCCCCCCAUAUCUCUCACUGUCACUUUCUAGCGUUCCUAGAAACUUGUACUGUGUCUGUACUACCACCAGUGUGUCCGGCUUGUGUUGUGUCCACCUCCCCCUUGCCGCUACUUUAGACGUCUUCCAAAACCAACCGUCACUGUGUUCUUAAAGGCCUACCUGUGGUUCUGGGUUAUUUUGAUGCAGAACCUCACCUCGUGCUCUAGGUGGAACACUACUCUGUUUGGUCUACUUGAACUGUUGUAGCCCUGCUGCCUCCCAUUCAGGCAGCCACCUUCCACCACGCCACUCGCCCCCCCUUCCACCCUCAAGAGAAUAUUUUCCGAGGUGGGACUCAAAUGUCAAUCAUGUCACCUUGCGGGGUUGAAUUUUGUCUAAAUGUAUGUGUUUUUUCUUCUUUUCUUCUCAUUUUAUAUUUAAAAAAACCUCAGAAGCAAACAAAUCAAACCUCAUGGCGCGGUAAGACGCAGCAUCGGCUGGCUGGAGGCUGACGGACCGAGAGCAGAGAGCACUGGACUAGUCAGCCUCUGCCAGGCAACUGCCCAUAUGGCACUAACAAAUUAAAAACAAACCUAGUACGACAAUAAACAGCUAAGCAAUCAGAGAGAAUGAACUGAAGUGAAUUUCUGAGCUGUGUUUGGAACUUGAACGUAACACAGAGUAUUAAGUGGAGGGGAGAGGAGGGGGUGUGGCGCAUUGACAGGUGGCGAGGCAAGUACUCCAUGCAGAAAGAAGUCUGUCCUCUAGUGGCCGUACCACAGUAGCUCCCCCAUCCCAAUCCUGCUCUCAGGCACUGGGAAAGUAUUGUCAGAAUAGAAUGCAAAAUGCAAUUGUGUUCUAAAAACACUGUGUUAAGGGACUCACUCAGCUUAUCUCAUUAUACCUUCGACCCUGUGUGGGUGUAUGAUUAUGAGUCCCAUGAGAAUGCACAUGGACUGUUUUUAUUGUAUUUAUUUGGAAAUCCGGUGAGGGGUGAAUAGAUGUGACUUGAGGAGAAGCCAUGUAUUAUUACCACAUUGAUGCUGCAGAGAAUACCGGAUUCAAAUCCACAAAAUGGUCGCCCAGCAUCGGCCCGGGACUUCUAUUAGCAAUAAUCACUUUUGAUUUGAAAGCUUUAUGUAGACCUUUGUAUUUGUUUAUAGACUGUGUGGAUCUAUUUUUGUUUUGUUAUUUUUAGUUUGGCUAAGAUUUUUUUUCUCUUCUCAGAUAUAUAAAUACGUAUAAAACUGUGAAAUUCAUUGUGUUUCAGAUAAUGGGUGAGUUUUAGGCUUGUUUUGCAUGUAACCCUAAUUUGUUCAAUUAUGGAUGAUUAAUUUUUUUCUCUCCAUCUCGCUCUCAGGGUCUUUAUAAAAUGCAUAUUCAAUACUUCAUUUUCCUGAGUUGCAAGAUGUUCUUACAAGUUCUUUUUUUACGAUUAAAACUGUCAAUCACUA